AUGAGUGGCAGGAUGGCGGCAGGGCAGGACUACAUGUCGCGGGGCUGGUGUCUUCUCGAAUUUUGCCUCGCCUGCAGUUUUGGCAGCGUCGACAAUCGGGAGGUGGACCCCGACGUCGAGAGGCUGUGCGGAAUCGCGAGCGACCUGAAGGCGAACACGGUGAAGAGGUUCCGCAAUGAAUUUCGACGCACGCAUCUUACGUGCAGUGGGGACGAAGCCGUGGUCCUCAGGCUGUUCGAGCAGACCCUGAGAACGGAAGUCGUCGCGACGCAGUCUGGAACUCGGAGGUCAGCAGCUCGUUUAGCUCAUGCCAGAUUGUCCGGCGACGUUCCUCACAGUCUCACAUAUUUCAAUCGCGCCGCUCAUUCCGCUUGA